AUGGGCUCGCCUCUUGGACCUCUCUUAGCCGACGUCUUCAUGGGCAAGCUGGAGAGAUUUCAACUAAGCGAUCAGAUCAAGAAGCUUAAACAUUAUGGUCGCUACGUUGAUGACAUCUUUGCGAUUGCAACCACAGAAACCGACGUCGCUGCCCUCCUAAAUGCUGCAAAUCAGGCACAUCCGUCGAUCAAAUUCACGUUGGAGAUGGAGUCGGCUGGUUCGCUUCCUUUCUUAGAUGUCCUUCUAAACAGAAGAUCUGACGGUAGCAUCCGAAGGAGUGUCUAUCGAAAGAAAACCUGGUCUGGGCAAUACACGAACUUCGCUAGUUUCGUACCUCUCCAACAAAAACGGAAUCUAGUCAGGUGUUUGGCACAAAGGGCUAGAAAAAUUUGUUCGAAAGAUAGUAUCGUGGAGGAACUUAGAAAAAUCCAGGACUUGCUUCGCGAAAAUGGGUAUCCUGACAGGUUCAUUGCACAGAACCUUGCCGAACGACCUGCAAAACCCACCACACUAACCGCCGAGAAGAAAAAGUUGUUCCUCAAAGUCCCCUUCCAAGGAGACGCUGCAGGUGAACUCCUAAGAAGACGCCUUGACCAAGCUGUCUCGGGAACCUUCCCAGCAGCGAAGGUUCGCAUAUCAUUCUCCACUAACCCUAUUCUACGCGGAGAAGGCAAGGAUAGGCUGCCACCUCAGACCGCCUCAAUGUGCAUCUACUCAUUUACUUGCUCCUGUGGAGCAGGUUAUAUUGGUCGUACGAGUCGGCGCCUUUCCAAAAGAAUACGAGAGCACCUUCCCGCAUGGCUGGCAAAGGGUGAAACUAGGAGAAUAGACAGCGCCAUCCUUGCGCAUGCAGUGGACUCAGGGCAUCGUGUGGACCCCACCGAAGCAUUUCGUGUGAUUUACAAGGUCCCCUCGAGCUACCCUAAGCUACUGGGCCAGCGCCUGCAAGCAACAGCAGAAGCGGCCGCCAUAAGGUUACGAAAACCGACCCUAUGCGCCCAAAAGAACCUUGUUCAGGCUCCGCGCUUACCGUGGUCAAAGGUUGACUAA